GCUCUGAUUUUAGAAAUCACUUGAAUCUUUUCCUUUUUUUUUUUUUUUCAAACCUUGUUAAAUUAUCUGCUUGAAAAUAUUCAUUCAAGUCGGCCAUGGCUUCUCGUAAUUUAAGCGUACCAACAGCAACACUCAUUUCUUCUUCGACAUCGUGCAUCGACUCUGGAAUCAAAUCCAGUUCCUUUGUACUAACAAGAUUUCCUCCUCUUCAGAAGCGCGCCAGUCUCUUCUCCUGUAUUCGAUCAAUGGGCUCCUCUGCUUCUUCUCAGAAACCAGAUAGCGUCCAAGAUGCUGGCAAGAUUGACUAUGCUUCUUGGACUGAUGAUGAAUGGAAGAAGCGGCUUACAGGGGAACAGUUCUAUAUCACCCGACAGAAGGGGACGGAGAGGGCUUUCACUGGGGAAUACUGGAACACCAAAACCCCUGGAACAUACCAUUGCAUAUGCUGUGACACUCCUCUUUUUGAAUCCUCAACCAAAUUUGACAGUGGAACUGGCUGGCCAUCUUAUUAUGAACCUGUUGGCAACAAUGUGAAGUCUAAGCUGGAUCUCUCAAUAAUUUUCAUGCCGCGACAGGAAGUUCUUUGUUCUGUUUGUGAUGCUCAUCUUGGCCAUGUAUUUGAUGACGGUCCACCGCCGACAGGGAAACGAUAUUGCAUCAACAGUGCUGCCCUGAGACUGAAACCGAAAUCAAAGUAGCAAAGAUUGUCAAGGUUCUUUGAGAGAACCCUUUGAUGUUGGAUUAGCAGCAUUGUACUGGUCCAACCUUUGGGUAGUAAAUUCAAGUAAUAUAUAACUGUUGAGAAUACCAUGAUUAUCAUUUAAUCAUUAGGGUAUUUGAGUGGGUUCUCACAUGGUGCCUCCUGAUUAUUCUUAGUGAACUUGCGUAGCUAGUGAUGUGUGAAAAAAAAAAAAAAAAAAAUUGUUGUUACAGCCCACUCCAGUCGUAUGGGUUCUUUCAUAGUUUUGUUCGUAUGUUUAGUUUAAAAGAAAAAAAA